AUGGCAGAUGAGAUCGCCAAGGCUCAGGUCGCCCGACCUGGAGGCGACACGAUCUUCGGGAAGAUCAUCCGCAAGGAAAUCCCCGCCAAAAUCAUUUUUGAGGAUGACUGGUGUCUUGCUUUCCAUGGUAUUUCCUCUCAAGUACCAACACAUUUUCUGGUGAUACCCAAGAAAUAUAUCUCAGGGACCAGCAAAAAAAGAAAUAUAUUCCAGAUUUCUGAAGCAGAAGACGAUGAUGAAAGUCUUCUUGGACACUUAAUGAUUGUUGUCAAGAAAUGUGCUACUGAUCUGGGCUUGACGAAGGGCUGUCGAAUGAUGGUGAAUGAAGAUUCAGAGGGGAGACAAUCUGUCUAUCGCAUUCACCUCCAUGUUCUAGGGGGGUGGCCUCCUGGGUAA